AUGUGGAAGUUUUAAAAAUGGCCAAUUCAUUUUGAAUGGGAAAAAUGUCCCGUAAAACCUGGAAUUGUGAGGAAUCUGGGAAUUUUUUGAAUUUGUCAAGAAAAAGCCUGCGAUUCCCGAGUAUGCUGAAGAGUUUGAAGUUGGAAUGGUGUGUUUCAGGUGAAUAAUGUAGAAGAUAGAGCGCGCCAAGAAGAAAAGGUUGAAGAUGAAUUUUGGUGUAGAAAUUGCUUUGGAACAUUCACACAAUGAAGGGUGUGUUUUGCUUUGUAUUUGGCUUUGUUUAAUCAUUUAUAUUCCAAAAGCAGGAUUGGUGGCAAUAAUGGCGGAAGAAGAAGAUAGGAAGUGGCAGCAGUCAAACGAUGGGUGUCCUCACUUCUUUUUACACCUGCACGACACUCCAUGUUAAAUGUGACCUAAAAGCCUGCCUUCAUGACGUCAGAGAGCCUCAACAUAUAUCCUCUGCUCAUUCCAGACUGCUCCAGCCCUGCACGUCCCUCUGGUGUCCUGACGCAGACGCUGAGCUGCUUCCCGCCCCGCUAUGCUCCUUUCGACGUUCACUUCCAGUCUUGGGCUCUCCAGGGACUGCCGGCGCCUGGACGUGCUCCAUGCGCGGCCCUAGAGAACGCACGCGGGCCCAACAUGAAGGCAUUGCUGAGCGGAAUAUGCUGGUGCGUGUGCGUGACGCUGUGCACGCCGAGUGUCAACGCUUCUUGGUGGUACAUGGGCAGUCUGGGCUCUCAGGUGAUGUGCGACAACGUUCCAGGGUUGGUGAGCAAACAGCGCCAGCUCUGCCGCCAGCAUCCCCGAGUGAUGCAGGUGGUGGGGGCCGGAGUGCAGGAAUGGCUGUCAGAGUGCCAGCACCAGUUCCGCCACCAGCGCUGGAAGUGCAACACGGUGGCGCGGGACCACAGCCUGUUUGGACGCCUGCUACUGCACAGUUACCGCGAAGUGGCCUUCAUCCACGCCAUCUCGUCGGCGGGCGUGGUCUACACUCUGGCGCGAGCUUGCAGCCGCGGCGAACUGGACUCGUGCUCAUGCGACCCCACCAAGACGGGUUCUUGGCAGGACAACAAUGGUGUCUUCACCUGGGGCGGCUGCAGUGAGCACGUGGAGCACGCCGCACGCUUCAGCCAGGCCUUCGUGGACGCCAAGGAACGGAAGGAGCGCGACGCCCGCGCCCUCAUGAACCUGCACAACAACCGUGCCGGCAGAAAGGCAGUGAAGCGCUUGAUGACGCUGCAGUGUAAAUGUCACGGCAUCAGCGGCUCAUGCAGCCUGCGCACCUGCUGGCUCGCCCUGGCCGACUUCAGACGCACCGGCGACCACCUGCGCAGGAAGUACCACGCCGCCGUGCACGUAGCCGUGGACCAGUACGGCACCGGCUUCACACGCCUCACAGGCGGGCGCUUGAAUCCCCCCGGCAAGAAGCAGCUGGUCUACUCGGAGGACUCGCCCGACUUCUGCAUAGCGGACCAGCAGUCAGGCUCGACGGGCACAGCCGGGCGCGUCUGCAACCGCACGUCCCGCGGCGCCGACAGCUGUGAGGUGAUGUGCUGUGGGCGGGGCUACGACACAGCGCAGGUCAGCCGCCGCACUAAGUGCGAGUGCAAGUUCCACUGGUGUUGUGCUGUGCUCUGCAGAGACUGCCACCAGGUGUUGGAGGUGCUCACCUGCAAGGGUCACACGUGACCACACCUCCAUCAUCAUGGUGAAGGUGUAGUAUUCUGACCACCAGGGGGUGCUGUAACACCACAUUCCUGGGAAGAAAAAAAAAACCCUGCUGCAUUGGCUCUUUAAAGCCACUAGAGGGCAGAACAGUAAACAUUGCAUUAGCAUUGUGACAACCUGGAGGAGUCCAAAAACACUUAAAAUGGAAAUCAUAGCAGGCGUGUCCUGAGAGGACUCUUGACAAAACCAUGCCUGCUGAAGCAAUGCAUGACUUAUCAGUUAGCAUUCAGUCAUACACCAAAAGUUCUUUAUUGUUUUGUUUUUUUGUAUUUUUUUUGUAAUGAUGGCAACUGUUUUUGUACAACAAACAACUUUUUAAAUAAUCCUCAAAAAAAAAACUCAACAAAACCCAAACAGGUCAAAUAAAGUCUGUUGGCUUUG